AUGAGGCCCCAGGCGCUGCUCGCCGUCCUGGCCGUCGUCGCCGUCCUUGCAGCAGCUCUGCCCCUCGCCCACAGCCAAGAUACGACGCUGUGCUGCGACAAGUGCGGCAUCUGCACCAGGUCCUUCCCGCCGCAGUGCAGAUGCAUGGACAUCUCGCCUACCGGGUGCAACCCGGCCUGCAAGACCUGCGCCAAGUCCACCGUCGGCGGCCGUGACAGCUUCCAGUGCAAGGAUUUCAUCACCAACUUCUGCAAGACCCGCUGCACUAAGGCCGCGUGA